AUGAUAGAAAAAGUGGACAAGGAAGAUGGUGCUGGGAAAAACGAAACUACACUAAUAAAAAGACACAAAUCGGAAAAGGAGAUAGGCAAACCGAUGAAAGAAUAUGAAAUAAAAUGUGAUGAAGAUUCCAGCAACAUUUCUUUAUUACAUAUGUGUUCAUUUUACACAAAAAAAGAAUUUGAUGUUGUGAAUAUGAAAAAUUAUUUAUGGAUAAAAAUGAAGGACAAAGCGAAGAGGAAAUCGGAUUCGGAAUACGACCACUAUGUUAGCAGGAAAUAUUUGAAAUUUAUAUGCUUCGUGAAAAAAUAUAUAAAAUAUUAUUCUGAUUUGAAAAUGAGAAGUUACAAAAUCAGUUCUUAUGCAAAUAAUUCCAAAUGUUUGAGCAGUCUUAGCAACCCCCUCGACAGUAUGAAAAGAAACUCUAAUCCAAUUGUUUGUACAAAAGAGAAAAAUGGUUUGUGUAAAAAUAAUUUCAAGUUAAAGCAUAAAAAACAUUUAUCCAUAUGGCAAAAAUUCCAAAUAUAUAUUUUGAAUAAAAUGAGAUAUUUUUUUAUAAGUCCCUUUUUUAUUCCUCAUAAUGAUGACAACAGAAAUAGUAGUAACAAUAACAAAGGUGACGAAAUAAAACAAUUAUUAACAUUCAGAAACGAACAUUCUGAAGAUGUAUUUAUUGACAAAUUUUACUCUUCUCUUCCCUUCAAAAUGAUAUUAUAUUCAACAAUUAUGAUUUUAAUAUCGUCGAUUAACUUUUUUAUUUUACAUUAUGUUGUAUUUAAUAUUGUACAUAAUGUAGGGAAAGCAGCAAUUUACCUUAAUGCGUCUAAAUUAUUUUUUGAUGUUUUAUAUUUCUCCUUUUUUGUCACAUAUAUCUUUUUGUUCAGUUCCAAUUGCAUAGAUAGGAUAUUAUAUUAUUCAUAUAAUUCUUGUUACAUAUUUGCUUUUCUCACGCUUUUAAGUAAUUUUAUUCUGUUGCAGUUGUUAUCUCCGUCUGUGUCUACUAACCUAGUUAAGCACUCUCAACCUGGUGUUCUUACUCAUAUUUGUACAUCCAUGCAAACAGACGACUUCAUCAACCACAUGUCUCCACACGAAACAGCUAAAGAGAAUCUAUCUAUCCUACCCAGAACCCAUGAUAUAAUGAUCAUGAUGAACUAUAUAUAUUUAUCCCUACUGUGCUCCUUAAGAAAUUACAUGAUUCUUUACGAUUUUUCUCUAAGUUUUAAAUUUUCCAUUUUUUGUAUGUUCUGUGUUUUCAUUUUUUCCACGUAUUCAUAUUUUUAUCUACAAUUUUCAUACAACUACAUGGUUGUUUUGUUUUGUUUGUCACUUUGUUUGAUUGUUUUUUCCUUAUGUUAUGAAUAUAGCUAUGAGAAAAGAUGCAGGUGUUUGUUCAUACGGGGAAAAGAAGCGGAAAAAGCAGACGUGGAUGAAGCGAACAAAGAAGACGAACCAGUGAAAAGAGACGAACCAGCGAAAGGAGACGAAACAAACGAAGAAGACAAAGCAGAUGAAACAGACAAAGCAGACGAAGCAGACGAAGCAGAAGAAGCAGAAGCGGAAGAAGAAGUAUACUCGAAGAAGAGGCCUAACCAUUACAUGACGAAAUACUUCUCGAUUGAAAACUCAAUUCCCAUGUCCCCCAUUGAAGAUAUUUUGAACAACUUGAAGUCUUUGGUAGAUCAAAUGAAAAAGCUUGAAGAAGAUGCAGAUGAAAAAAAAUUAUCAGAAAUAAGUAAAAUGCUAGAAAAAAUAAAAAAAUGUGAAAACAUUUUGAGGACGCAAAAUUUGAAUGAAGUCCAAAUAUACAAAUACAGGAAUUUUGAAAGAGUAUACAACAUGUGGUGUUUAGAUAAAAUAGAGAGUACUUAUUGCGAAAAAAACGAAGAAUUCAGAUCCCUAUCUCAAAGUCUUAAUAGAAAAUCUUUUAAUUCUUUUUCAAAUAUUCAAUCUUUAUUGACAUACAAGUUUCAAGAACAACAUAAUGAAUCCUAUGAAUGGAAUGCUGAUAUAGAACUUUUGUACAAGCGCAAUGUUUUCAUUUCCAUUGGCUAUAAGUUACUUUUUCCGCUUGGGGUAUUAGAGGCAAGUUUUGACAAAGAGAAGUUGAAGAAUUUUCUUACGAAGAUGUAUUCACUUUACAAUGAAGUCCCGUACCACAACAGCUUGCAUGCUGCCCAGGUUGCGCAUUUCAGCAAGAGCAUGUUGUUUCUCCUUGAGAUAAACCACAAAAUAUCGGCAAUCGAUGAAUUCUGUUUACACGUUUCUUCCCUGUGCCAUGACGUAGGACACCCUGGGCUGAACAAUUACUUUUUAAUAAAUUCAGAAAACAACCUAGCGUUGACAUACAAUGAUAAUAGUGUUCUAGAAAAUUACCACUGCUCAUUGGUUUUUAAAACAUUGAAAGAGAAAAAUUGCAACAUUUUCGAGAAUUAUCCAUAUAAUAUUUUUAUUACUUGCAAAAAAAACAUCAUUAAGGCUAUUUUGUCAACCGAUAUGAAAAAUCAUUUUGAAUACAUUUCAAAUUUUCGAACAUCAAAAGAGUUUAUAGAUUUCGAUAUCCUGACAAGCGAUCAAAUAUGGCAGAUAUUUUCCCUCAUUUUGAAGGCAGCAGAUAUUGGACAUGCAACUUUGGAAUGGGAUAAACAUUAUGAAUGGACAAUGAAAAUUAAUGAAGAAUUUUACUUACAGGGGUUGUUAGAAAAAUCGUUAGAUAUGCCAAAGAGCUUUUUAUGUGAUAUAACUACUAUUGAUAAAUUAUCUACCUCACAAAUUGGGUUUCUAAAACAUUUAUGUUGUCCUCUUUUCACAGAGUUAAAUUCAAUUGCGAAAAAUAAUGAAAUUUACAUUCAUUGCAUUUGUUCUAUUGAAAAUAAUAUAGAAAUGUGGGAGAAAAACAAAAAUAACCAGAAAAACCUAGGAUUAUAUGAAAAAUACAAAAAUGAGAAUUUAGCUGACAGAUUUAAGCUGUUAAAAUUUGUGUAA